CCUUGACCUGGGAGGAGAGUUUCUUUGGCCCGGCCGAGGGAGCCUCAGAGAAGGGUUAAGCGCGGCUGGGCUGGCGGGGAAGACGGCAAAGCCCCGGUCUGCCGGAAGAGGAGUGCGGCAGCAGCGGAACACAGCCAUCGCCGCGCCGUGGCUCCAGCGAUGCGCCUCGGGCUGCGCCAUGUAACCAGCUGACAGUCCCAUUUUUGCGCGCGGCUUGGGCUGGAGAGCGGGCGGCGAGACCCUGCACCCCGGAGCCCGCGUGCUUCGUCGCCGUCCCCCCGACCCUUCUGCCCUGCGUUUCCUCCUCCUCGUGCUCUCUGCCGGUGCCAUGGGGCUGCCCACCUUGGAGUUCAGCGAUUCGUACUUGGAUAGCCCGGAUUUUCGCGAGAGGCUGAAAUGUCACGAGGUGGAGCUGGAGAGGACCAACAAGUUCAUCAAGGAGCUCAUCAAGGACGGCAGCCUGCUCAUCGGGGCGCUCCGGAAUCUAUCCAUAGCAGUACAAAAGUUUUCCCAGUCGCUUCAAGAUUUUCAGUUUGAGUGCAUUGGAGAUGCUGAGACGGAUGAUGAAAUUAGUAUUGCCCAGUCGCUGAAGGAGUUUGCCCGGUUAUUGAUUGCGGUAGAAGAGGAGAGGAGACGCCUGAUCCAGAAUGCUAAUGAUGUUUUAAUAGCCCCACUGGAGAAAUUUCGUAAGGAACAAAUAGGUGCAGCAAAAGAAGGAAAGAAGAAGUUUGAUAAAGAAAGUGAAAAGUAUUAUUCAACCUUAGAGAAGCACUUAAAUUUAUCUGCAAAGAAGAAGGAAUCACACCUGCAAGACGCAGACACACAGAUUGACCGAGAACACCAAAACUUUUAUGAAGCGUCGUUAGAAUAUGUCUUUAAAAUCCAAGAAGUGCAAGAGAGAAAAAAGUUUGAAUUUGUUGAGCCCCUUUUGGCCUUUCUUCAGGGAUUAUUUACCUUUUACCACGAGGGAUAUGAGCUGGCCCAGGAGUUUGCACCGUACAAGCAAGAGCUGCAGUUCAACUUGCAGAAUACCCGGAAUAAUUUUGAAAGCACGAGGCAGGAAGUAGAACGGCUUAUGCAGAGAAUGAAGUCCGCCAGCCAGGACUACAGGCCACCAAGCCAGUGGACAAUGGAAGGCUAUCUCUACGUUCAAGAGAAGCGACCUCUAGGGUUCACCUGGAUAAAACAUUACUGUACCUACGACAAAGGGACAAAAGCAUUCACGAUGAGCAUUUCUGAAGCCAAAUCUGGAGGGAAAGUCAAUGGUCUUGUCCCAAGUACGCCAGAAGUGUUCAAGUUGAAAUCCUGCAUCCGGAGAAAGACAGAUUCAAUUGACAAGCGCUUCUGCUUCGAUAUUGAAGUAUUUGAAAGGCAUGGGAUCAUUACACUACAAGCUUAUUCCGAAUCCAACCGGAAGCUCUGGCUGGAAGCAAUGGAUGGAAAAGAACCGAUUUAUACCUUGCCAGCUAUUAUUAGCAAGAAAGAAGAAACGUUCCUCAAUGAAGCUGGCUUUAACUUUGUAAGGAAAUGCAUUCAUGCAGUAGAGACGAGAGGUAUCACAAUUUUGGGGUUGUACCGAAUAGGUGGCGUGAAUUCCAAAGUUCAGAAGCUGAUGAAUACCAUAUUUUCUCCAAAAUCCCCUCCUGACAUGGACAUUGAUUUGGAAAUUUGGGACAACAAAACUAUUACCAGUGGACUAAAGAACUACCUCAGGUGCCUUGCAGAGCCACUGAUGACCUACAAAUUGCACAAGGAUUUCGUCGUUGCCGUCAAGUCUGAUGACCAAAAUUACAGGGUAGAAGCAGUCCAUGCACUUGUUCACAAACUGCCAGAGAAAAACCGAGAGAUGCUGGACAUCCUGAUCAAGCACUUGGUCAAGGUAUCACUACAUAGUCAGCAAAAUCUCAUGACCAUCUCCAACCUUGGGGUUAUCUUUGGCCCCACACUGAUGAGAGCCCAGGAGGAAACUGUGGCUGCAAUGAUGAACAUCAAGUUUCAGAAUAUUGUGGUUGAGAUUCUCAUUGAGCAUUACGAAAAGAUAUUCCACACAGCCCCAGACCCCAACAUCCCUCUUCCGCAGCCUCAAUCCCGAUCGGGCUCAAGAAGGACGAGAGCAAUCUGCCUUUCCACAGGCACUCGCAAACCAAAAGGACGAUAUACCCCGUGCCUGGCAGACCCAGACACUGAUUCCUACAGUAGCAGCCCAGACAGCACCCCGAUGGGCAGCAUAGAAUCUCUUUCAUCUCACUCAUCAGAACAAAACAGCACCACAAAACCUCCGUCUUCUCAGCCCAGGGAUAAAGCCGGAGGAGUUCCAUGGAUUGCUUCGUCCCCAUCAUCCAACGGACAGAAAAAUUCAGGCCUUUGGACGCCGAGUCCUGAAUCUUCCUCAAAGGAGGACACAGCAAAAACAGACAUGGAGUCUGACUGCCAUAGUGUUACUUCUGUCACCGGUCCAGAGACCGUGACUCCAUCAACAGACCUGACCAAAAGAGGACUAUAUAGUCUCUCCGGAUUGAAAAGGUCAGCGGCUUCCUCUAUCCGGUCAAUCCCUUCUGCCGAAGGUAACAAAAGCUGCAGCGGUUCGGUACAGAGCUUAACUUCUCUGGACGCCAAAGAGACGCCCAAGGCCCCAGCAAACCCAGACCUGCCUCCAAAAAUGUGCAGGAGACAGCGGCUCGAUACGGCAUCAAGUAACGGCUACCAGAGACCGGGAUCUGUGGUAGCAGCAAAGGCCCAGCUGUUUGAAAGUGGUUGCUCACUUAAGCAGGCUCCCUCUGGAAGGCAAGCCAAAGCCAUGUAUUCCUGCAAGGCUGAACACAGUCACGAACUCUCCUUCCCUCAGGGAGCCAUAUUUUCCAAUGUAUAUCCAUCUGUGGAACCAGGAUGGCUCAAAGCGACGUAUGAAGGCAAAACAGGACUUGUUCCAGAGAAUUACGUUGUCUUUCUCUAGUAAUAGUUAGCAGACAGCAGCAUCUUCAUGGUAUCCAUGGUAGCAAGCAAUAAGCACUGUGAUUUAUAUAUAUAUAUAUAUAUAUAUAUAUAUAUUUAAUCUGACACAGAUAUGGGGGUCUGCCAGUCAGCCCUGUGUGUGGCAGAUUUCCUAUGACUUCUGCAGCCGCAGACAAUGUAGCUCCUUAUAAACAGAACAAGCCUGAUUGCAAAUAGUCAACAGGGUUUGUUUUCGGAUGUUUGAAAUUGAACAUGGUACUCUUUUGGUCGUCUGCUGCUAGCAACCAGAAAUUCAUUUUCUUUUUAAGGCAAAAUGAUAGCAGCCAAAAACAAUAAGGAGCUGAAAACAAAUCGUUGUUGCUUGGGAAAGCUCUGCCUUACCCCAUUCGAUUCUCGAUCAGUCCCCAGCCAUUUCAAAGAAGUCUUUGAUUUACUAUAUUAUUUAAACUUUUGAUAAAAGUCCACGGAAAUCACAAUUUGCAGAUGCAAUGCAUGUCAUUUAUAGGGCUGCAAAGGCAAUUAGUUGGAGCACCAGUUUAAUCAAAAGCGUGCUUUUCGUUUGUAAGAGGCAUUUUUUUAAAUACAAUUAUGUGUCCGUGUAUGUUCACUACUUUGUGUCUUUUCCAUAUAAUUAUUAUUAAUAAAUUAUAUUUAUAGAUUCCCGUCUUCCCUGAAAUGCUGUAAUCCUAAAUUGGAACACCAACCACAGGAGUAAUUUAUGGCUUUUUUUAUUUAUUUAUAUUUCCUUUACCUUUGGUCCUUCAAACUGGGGGGAAGGUGUGGUGUUUUUCCAUUGGAUAAACAAAAGCAAAUAAAGCAAACAGGACCCUGAAAUUUACACUGUCCACAGGGCAACAAGUGAGAACUGGGUAAUUUCGAGCCUUUAAAUAAAAUCUGUUCUGUUGCUGCCACUCAUAUCCACACAUGAAAUGGUUUUAGGCUCUUGACUGGUUUUCUCUCGCAAAUUUCCACAAGUACCUUUGUGGAGUGUCUUCGUUUCAUAUGUUCUGAAAAUUAUGCUCGGAACAAGUAUGUGCAGCACUUUCACAACAAAUGAAACAUUCCGAUGGGCCGAUCAAUACGAAAUAUAUUCCGUAUUAAUAAAUUCAGUAUUACAAGAGGUCCGCUCAAAAUCCACGCUAAGACCUUGCAAUAGAAAAAUAGAAAGCAAAAUCGAAAUAGAAGAACAAAUAUAUAUAUAUCCCGUCCGAAACUACAUGGGACCCAGAGCAGUAACAGCAAACAAAAUCACCAAGUCAUUUGGAAUGAAAACCAGAGCUUCCAGGACUGUCAACCAGGUAGACACCACUCAGGUGGAGUUACUGGUUUAAAGAAACGGUGCCUCGACCCAAAUGUGGCUGCACUGCAAACCACCUCCAUCUUCACAGGGACUCACCUGUGUCGUUCAUCGUUUGACCAUAGCCUCCACUGAUGACUUGCGUGUGCGAAUGGACCAUCGCAGGCCUAACAGUACCGUCAAACUCUUUCAAAAUGGUACAGAUAAAUCUUGCAUGUAUAGGCUUCCACACCAUGCUUUUCGGGGUGUGACACAUCACACAUUUCGCCUGCCUGCAAUCAAGUGUGGAGGAAUCAAGCGAUGGCCAUGCAUGUGUGGCCCAUUAGCUUGGUACAGAAGACAUGAUAUGGCUACCGGGGGGUGGGGGGGGACACUUGUCUUGGCGCUGCUCCUUGGGUCACUUAAGCAGGAUCUGUUUUGUUUUGCCGUCCUCACUUUUUCCACCAUGCAAGAGCAAUGAUGGAGCAACGGAAGUAACUGAGAAUAGACAACCCCAAGCAGCCAACAAAUAAAAUUAACAGCAACGCCGCUUCUUAUUUUACAGUGUGCAUUCCAAGAAAGGGUGAUUGCCCAGGCAGUUGGCAUUAAUGGAUCACCCUGGUUGAUAUUGUGCCUUGUUUUCCUCCUAGUGCCUUGUUUUCCUCCUAGUAAAGACACAAGCUUUAAGUGAUAAUCUGCCUCCUCCCUCUUCUUAUUAACCUUUGACAUCUAAUGAAAAGGACUCCUUGGCAAAGCUUACCAUCCUAUAAACACAUAGCUGUCAUAUUAAGAGUGACUUUGUAGCUCUUAAAAAAACCUAAUGGAUUUUUAUUUCUUUCGGUCAUCUGCUGCUGGCAACCAGAAAUUCGUUUUCUUUUUUAAACGGAAUGAUCGGUUGUAAAGGCAUUUCUGUUGAGGUACUGUCUAGAUUCUGUGUGUUGAUGUUUGAGUAUAGAGUUCCAAAACUGCACGUUCUGCUCGUAGGACAGAAUGGUGAUUAUCCUUCACAAGAGUCCCCUUCAGUUUAUCUCUGAACGGUCUUAGGUUGCAUUCGCAAUAGUUCCCGGUAAAUGUGAGACUUUAGAAGUAAAUAUUAUAGUUCUGUGUCAUCGCUUAUGGUUAUGCAGCUGAGAGGAAAUGGGGACUGUGAGGGCUGGAGAUGUGUUUGGAGGUGCUGCCCCAUGGUCUGCCACAAAUGCGGUCUGCCACAAUUGACCAACCUACAGGGAGAAAUGUGGUGCUCAGCCAUGGUCUCAUUCUGACAUGCUGAAGUAUUUGAAAGAUGCUUUCCCCGGGUGAAGCCUGUUUUCUCACACGUGGCAGUAUGCGCUGCCGUAUGUUCUUGCGACAGAUUGUGUGGCGCAGUAUUAAAUGGUCCCAACUUGCCAAAAAAUCAGGCGUUCAGGUGCCAUUGCACUCUUGUCCUCUUGGAUAAAAUGGGCCUUUGAGGUUCUCCUUAUGUCCAAUGGUGCUUAGAAUGUGCAUUCCUGUCUUAUUCCAUUCUCCACAGAUCCAUUUGUGUAAAUAAUUUGGUAGUGCACUAUGGCCAGGGGGGUUGUUCAAGUAACCCCGACUACAACUACUUUUCCAUUCACCCACAAUGCUCCUCUUCAAACUUUUAAUUGUGUUUGUUGUGCCAUCCCCUUGAGGAAAGGACUUUCACUACUGGUAGUUGUGGGGAUAAUAAAAUGAGCACCAUAGUUUAAUCCCUGCUUCUGCUGCUACACAUUUGAUUUAGAUCUGCUCCGUUUAGACACUCUCUGAGGUGAGUUGUGAGGGAUAAACUAGUGAGCUCGCUGGAUAAACAUUGAGCCAUUGAGCAAGCAGGUGUUACUUAUCCAAAAUCAAGGGGAUUGCAAAGUUGCCCCUUGCUUUUAUAUCACAUAUUUGCAAUCUGGCCACAUAAAAAGAAAGGCUCUGUGGGGGGCCUCUAAAGGAACUAACAACACAUCAACACAAAUGCACUUCUUGGAGCCUGUGUGGUGUUAUUUGUGUUAUACAGGAAUAUGCCACCACAUGAGCCGCCUUCAGGCAUUUUAAAUCUUCCCAGUUAUGAUGAACCACAGGGUCAAGUUCAUUAGUUUUGUUUUUUUUUAAAAAAAAAGCUUCAACUCCAGCCAAGAUGGCAAAUGGCCAGAGAUGGUUGGCAUUGGGGUCCAAAACAUCUGGAAUGUACCAUGUUGGGAAAGGCUACCAUGUUUUGGCAAAUCCAUUGGGAGAUUUCAUGUGAAUUGCGCAGGAAAUCUGGCGCACUCAGCCGGUAGGGAGGGAGAAGGUUUAGGAAGCCUGCAUGUGACUAGCACAUCACUUGCAUGAGUCAAUUCUUAAUGAACAUCCUGUCCGGGAUGGGGAGUGCAUUUGGGUGCACAUGGAAUCUAGGAGCUAAAACUGUGCUGGCAAAUAAAUACUUAUGUGGAUCUAUUUCCUCCAUUGGAAAUUGGGUUUGCCAGACCCCCGGAACCGAACUGAAAUCUCUAGGUAGCGGAAAGGUUUGAAUCUCCAGACGGACAAGAACAUUUUCCCUGUACAGGUGAAGCAGGAAUGAUCCCCUCACUUCGACUUGUGAUCACCCACAUUAGCUGAGGUGUCCAGUGAUCAAUCUGCUCAUUUGUUAGACUUUUAUUUGAGCCUGGCUGGAUUGGGGCAAUUCCAGUUUGCCAAAUAUAACUUAAAUGUCACACUGUUCAGGGCAGCUUAGUUCGUUUUCUCACAGAAGACUGGAGUCCCUUGUAAUAUUUUCUGUUGGCCACUGAAAACUACGAUGCAGCAUAAUACUGUUGCUCCACAUGUCAGUAUUUCAUAAUUUAUGUGGCAUUGCUCUGAUUAUCUGAUGCUCUUCGUAGGUCCCUUUUUGCAAGAAGGUCCUCCGUGCUUUGGAAUGUAAAAGAUGCAAAUAGGACUUGGCGGUUUCUGCAUCUGUAAAUUCCAUUUAAAUUAAUAAUAAUAAUAAUAAAUUACAGCUACUAGAGUUUUAUAUAAUUGUGAGGUAUUGUUUUGUAUUUUAAUACUUGGAAUCUGUAUCCAAUAAUACCACAAAGUCAAAUAUAUUUAAGAAGUGGUUGCAAGUAAAGAUUUGUUUAUUUUGUAGUGUGAUUUGGUAAUUAUCUGCACUCUGUACAGCCACCUGUAUGUGUUUGUGUAAAUAAUAACCACCAACAUGUAAUUCCUGGUGCAUUUUGCUACUUCCGUCUAACUGUGUAGUACUUUUACACUAAGAAUGUAAGAAAUAUUUAAAAUAAUUAAAAGUUCCUUUUGUUCCUCCUCCUGUUGUAUAUGCUUAUUUUAUUAUUUAAGUUCCAGGAAAUGCACUCCGUCUAUGAGCUUCAGUCCCUCCCUUUGUGAACCAAUUCAAGGUGCUCGUGUUCGUGGUUGAAGCCCUAAAUGACCCAGGUCCAGAUAUCUGAAAAAUCACCCCCUUGCGAGUGUUAAGAUCAGCAGAGCUAGGUCGUUCCACCACCCUCAGAAGCUCAGGUGGUGGCCUUAAAUAGGGCCUUCUCUGUGGCAGCCCCUUAAGAUGUGGAACUCUCCCCCCCCCCCCGCCCCAGAGGUGUGUCUGGCAUCUUUGCUAUGGAACUUUUGACAAAUGUUGGAGAUCCACCUCUUUACCCUCCCUGACACCUGAGAUGUAUAUUUGUGAUUGCAAGUUGUUUUAAACUGCUUUUAAGAUUGACUUUUAAUUGUUGUCACCUGCAUUGGGACCUUAGGGCGAAAGGUGGGCAAGUUCUCCUCCUCCUCCU